GAUAAGGUCGUAAGAUAGGAACGAAAGUAAAAUUUUCCGCAGAUUCUAAUUUCAUUCAAAAGAACUUUUCUCCUUUGUAAAAACUACUUGAAAGCCGAAAAUUCCACGGUAUUACUAGAGUUUUCCGCGAGAGAAAUGUCCAUGAAUGCUAUCCAACUUAAAUACAAUUUAAAAAUUAGCUGAAAAAGUGAAAAGUGAAAUUGAAUGCAAGUUUUCUCUUGAUUGCUAUUUCAUGUGGAAAGAAAUCGAUUUUAAGGUGUUAUUGGUGUUAUGUAGAUAAUCCCAUUGAAAAGGGAAAAAGUGAAGUGCUCCUAAAGUAUUCUCAAUGAAAAUUGAGUGAAUGGAAUGUGUUCAGUGAAUAAAACCAAUUAAAUUGUGUAGAACCACAUCACAUCACGCCUAUUUGGAUCCCUACCCACUUCAAGCGUCAAUAAAUUAUCUAAGCAAGAAUAGAGCCUGGUCAUCAUAAAGCGAAAAUGAAAAAUGAAUUCAACAAAUUUAUUGCGAUUUCAUUUCUCAUAACAUUUUCAUACUCCGUCGAAUGCCAUCGAGCAAGUGGUAGCAAACGUUCAGAUGUCUACAUUGCAGGAUUCUUCCCCUAUGGCGACGGUGUGGAAAACUCCGCAACAGGGCGUGGGGUGAUGCCCAGCGUCAAGCUAGCUUUAGAUCAUGUCAACGAGCACUCCAGUAUCCUCCGCAAUUACAGACUGCACAUGUGGUGGAAUGACACCGAGUGUAAUGCUGCCGUCGGAGUGAAAUCCUUUUUCGAUAUGAUGCACUCGGGACCGCACAAGCUCAUGCUAUUCGGAGCAGCAUGUACACAUGUAACGGAUCCCAUUGCAAAAGCCAGCAAGCAUUGGCACCUCACCCAACUAUCGUACGCCGACACCCACCCCAUGUUCACAAAGGAUGCCUUCCCCAACUUCUUUCGAGUGGUACCUUCCGAGAAUGCUUUCAACGCUCCUCGUCUUGCUCUGCUCAAAGAAUUCAAUUGGACUCGGGUGGGUACAAUUUACCAGAACGAGCCCCGUUACGCUCUCCCCCACAAUCAUAUGGUUGCGAAUCUGGAUGACUUGAACACGGAAGUGGUGGAGACACAGAGCUUUGUAAAUGAUGUCAGCGAACCGUUAAGGAAAUUGCGUGAGAAAGACGUACGAAUAAUUUUGGGCAACUUCAACGAGUUCUACGCACGGAAGAUAUUCUGCGAAGCAUACAAGCUGGAAAUGUACGGCAGGGCGUAUCAGUGGAUAAUAAUGGGGACAUAUUCGACAGAUUGGUGGAAUGCCACCACGGAUUGUACGCUAGACGAAAUCACAACAGCCCUGGAAGCAACUAUAAUGACAGACUUGCUGCCGCUAUCAACCAGCGGGGAUAUUACAAUAUCAGGAAUCACAGCCGAUGAGUACCUCUCUGAAUAUGAUAGCAGGCGGGGUAAUGAAUACUCGCGAUUCCACGGAUAUACUUAUGAUGGGAUUUGGGCUGCUGCACUAGCUAUCCAAUAUGUAUCUCAACGAAAAGAACAAUUUUUACACGAAUUUCAGUAUAGAGUGAAAGAUUGGGAGAACAUUUUCCUGGAAGCUUUGAAAAACACAAGUUUCGAAGGAGUAACUGGACCAGUACGAUUCUACAAUAACGAGCGCAAAGCCAACAUCCUUCUAAAGCAAUUCCAAAGUGAAAAAGAAGUGAAAAUUGGAGAGUAUAAUUCACUGCAUGGUCGCUUAGAUUUAGCGCUUGGGAAAGCGAUCAAAUGGGUUGGUCGAUCUCCACCAAAAGACAGGACACUUCGGAUAAUUGUCCGCAGCCAAGUAAAUUUAACAAUUUACGUAGUUUCUUCCAGCUUAUCUGCAGUUGGAAUAGUCAUAGCAUUCGUGUUCCUUGCAUUUAACAUUAAAUAUAGGAAUCAAAGAUACAUCAAAAUGUCUAGCCCUCAUCUCAACAAUCUCAUCAUAGUAGGGUGCAUGCUAGCAUAUCUAAGUGUGAUAUUCCUCGGUUUAGACAGUACUCUUAGUAGCCUGGCUGCAUUUCCGUACGUCUGCACAGCACGAGUUUUAUGCUUAAUGGCAGGAUUCAGUUUGGCUUUCGGUGCCAUGUUUUCGAAAACGUGGCGUGUCCACUCGAUUUUCACCGACUUGAAGUUGAACAAGAAAGUUAUUAAGGAUUAUCAAUUAUUCAUGGUUGUCGGUGUAUUGUUGGCUAUUGAUCUUACAAUAAUUACGACGUGGCAGCUAUUUGAUCCAUUCUUCCGAGAUAUUAAGCAUUUAGAGCCCAGACAGCAUGACUCCCUAGAGGAUGUGCUAUUAGUACAUGAAAAUGAAUACUGCCAAUCGCACUAUAUAACGAUUUUUAUUGGAAUUAUAUACGCUUACAAGGGUUUAUUGCUGAUAUUUGGCGCAUUCUUAGCUUGGGAGACACGACAUGUAUCAAUCCCCGCCCUAAACGAUUCCAAGCACAUUGGCUUCUCCGUAUACAAUGUUGUUAUGACUUGUGUUCCAGGCGCUGCAAUAUCCUUAGUGUUGGCCGAUCGAAAGGAUCUUGUCUUCACAUUGCUCUCAAUUUUCAUAUUUUUCUGUACGACGGGCACCCUAUGCUUGGUGUUCGUACCGAAACUUAUUGAACUAAAAAGGAAUCCUUCGGGAAAUGUUGAUAAAAGAAUCCGAGCAACGCUGAAACCUAUGUGCAAAAAUGGACGUGAUUCUUCAGUAUGUGAAUUGGAACAAAGACUACGGGACGUCAAAACGACGAAUUGCAGGUUCCGGAAAGCUUUGAUGGAAAAGGAAGCUGAACUGCAAAGUUUAAUACGAAAACUGGGACCGGAAGCCAGGAAAUGGCUUGAGGGUGGAUCCUGCGGGGGUGACACAGAACCUAUCUUAGGUGAUUCAUCGCGGCUUUCCGCCCCUCCAGUGCGCCGAGAACUGCCCAGCACAACUGAAGUAACGGAAAUGACAUCAGUCGAUAGCGUUACGUCAACACACGCUGAAAUGGACUCAAACUCCGUAACUUCAGCUUCAGGACAAAUGAAGAAGAAAGUGCAAACAGUAAGCCCACUUCAAGAGACUAAUCCACCAAUUCCACAGCAAAGGCUGUCCCAGGAUCUAACUCAGCACCAAACCGUUUGUAAAAGCAUUUCUGCAGUAUCGGCCGCGUCUGCUGCUUCCACGGAGAAAAGGAAUUCGGUAUCAGCUCAAACAGAUAAUGUCUUAAUUCCGAAUGUUAACAAAAUGCAGGAAUGUAAUAAUAUUAAACAUGAGGAGUUAGUCAGGGAGCGAAAGUAUUCUCCUUCAAUGGAUCAUCGAGAAAAUAAAGAAAAUCGAAGUCAAGUAACAACGCCAAAAUCGAAAGCUAUUCACCGCAAUUCAACGACUGCACUAAACUAUUCAUCUAACACAGAACUCAAUAAUGUGUGUCCUCAUGUUAAAAGCAAUACCGGCAAAGGUCAAAGUACGGAAGGUCCUCGUCGUGUCAGUGUUCAAAUGAGUGCCGGUUUAGCGAUGAAGAGCAACUUUGUUGUUUCACAAAGCGAUCUCUGGGAUACGCACACUCUCUCUCAUGCCAAACAGCAUUCACGCCAAUCGCCGCGAAAUCAUCCCAACCCACAACGUUGUAGCGAGCAUAGUCACAUAAUUCCAUAUGAAUCCAACACCACAUCCCCAAUACAACGUUCCGUAUCGGAAAAGAAUCGCAACAAACAUAGGCAAAAACCGCAAAAAGGAACUGUUUGCCAAAGUGAAACAGAUAGCGAACGUGAACAACGCGAACCACCACCACAAUGUACGCAAGUUAGAAAAUUAGGAAAAUCCACCCCUUAUUCGGCGCAUCAUCACUCUUCACCAAAUGUAGCACCUGACAAACAGCGAAAACACCGCAUCAAAACCGAUUCAUCAAUGUACGGUGCUAGUUCUGAAUCAGAACUUUUAGACGGAGACACUGCUAUCCUGCCCAUUUUCAGAAAACUCCUUACAGAAAAACAGCCCCGCUAUCGGGGCCGAAGUGCUGUUGGUCAAAGUUGUCCUAAUAUUUCUAUAAAAUGUGAUAUCGUCGAAUAUUUGUAAUACAUUCAGAUGAUUGGAAAGGGUAUCUUUCGAGGAAGUCCUUCUUAAGGAUUAGAUUGUUGUGAAAAAUAUAUAAUUUAAUCUAAUUCUGGAUAUGAAUAAUUCAACCAUCCUGAGAAACAAAUGAUAAGGCCUGUCACCAAGCUCCUGAAGCGAUUUCUAACUUCAAAUUUCUUCGACUGCUUUGCUCCAUAAGGACUGCGCAGGCUGCUAUGAUAUUAUCUUAUUACCAAGAGAAAAAUUUUUAUAUACGUUUUCUGUUUUUCAUUUAACCCCGGUUCGGAGUUUUCUUAAAAAAGGUCAAUUUCUGAAAAUGUUUACACUUCAAAAAGUUGAUUAUAAGUUCUUAUUUUAUGUGAUCCCUGUUUCUAAUGAGAUAUUCAGGAUCUCGAAAACGUGAGCAUACGCUUGCUUCAAGUAUUCAUGAAAUUCUCAAUAUCGACUGAUCAUCACACGGCGACAUUAAGCUAGGAUAAAAUAAUGCAGUAAAUAUAAAAAUUAAUAAUAAUUUGCUCUUCUAGAAAUAAGCUAGGCUUGGCAUAGAGCACAUUAGUAUCUACUAUGGUUAAUGAAUUAACUAUAAUUGAGAAUUUAUAAGGCAAGUGAAAGUAGAAAGUCAUUAUGUACCUUAGAUACUCUUACUCGUUAGUCCUAGACCAGUUAUAAGUUUGAGGGAAAAAGAUAUUUUUAGUGAUAGCAUCGAAAAUUACACGGAAUAAUUUCCCGUACGUUUAAUUUCCAAUACUCUUGAAUUUUACGAGCAAUAGAUUAAAGUAUUCUUUUUUUAAUGUUAGUUGUUAAUGUGUCUUAAAAAUAUAAAUAAAUAGCAGACAUAAUUAGAAAUUAUUCAAGUUGUUAGGAGCUAGAUAUUAUAUGUGUAUAUUAUGUAUGAAAGUUUAAUUAUUUUAUUUUGAUUUUAUAAGGGAUCAAAGCGCGAAUAACCAACAUUUUUUUAUCCUGGUCACAAUUGUGUUUCUAAGUCGAAAUUCUAAGGAACAUCAUCCUUCCAUCUUUCAUGUAGGUGUAUUCUGAAUGUAAUAAAUAAAUCAAAAGAGCUUGAAUGAAUCUAAUAUACUAGAAUGAGCUAAGAAGAAAGUUCCAUUUGCUAUUUCUGUUUUCAAGCAAGAGUAUCAGAAUGAUAUCAUAACUCACAGAAAAGAAAGACUUCAUUUAAAAUUCAACACUUUGAGAAGAUAUACUUGCGAGUAUGUACGCCUUUAAUUCAAGAUUGUGUAAAGAAUAAACAGACAAACAGUAAACCGAUUUUAAUAAAGUUUGUGUCCUAAAAACAAUGAAAUAUGUACUACGAACCUUGCUUAAUUUUACAGUUUACUCAAACAAAUACAAAAUUUGUUCAUUUAUAUGGAUAUUUGCUAUUUAUGAACCCCAGACAAACAACUCCAAUAAAAUCUAUAAAAAAUGUUUAUUUUAUCAAUAAU